AUGAAGUUUACCAACACUCUUGUUUUCGCUACCGCUGCCUCUGCCGCUGCCGUCCAGAGCCAGCGCAUACGUGUCGAUAACCCCCAGGAUACUGGCGCCAAUAUCCUCGAGGUCAUGCGUCUCGAUAUCCCCAAAAUGGUCGACACCGAUAUCCUUAAGGGCAUACGUCUCGAUAUCCCCAAAAUGGUCGACACCGAUAUCCCCCAGAAGGUCGACACCAAUAUCCCCCAGAAGGUCGACACCAAUACCCCCCAGAAGGUCGACACCAAUACCCCCCCGAAGGUCGACACCGAUAUCCUCAAGAAUGUCGACACCACACUAGAUGCCGCCAUUACCGCGCUUAACCAGGGCAAUCAAAGUCUUAACGGCGAGUUCUUUCAAUCUAGAUUUUACCCAAUUGUUCAAUUUGUUGAGCAUAAGACUGCAAAGAUCGAUGCAUCGCGCGGGGAUCUUUCCAUGGACGAUGCGGACCGUCUUUUCAAGCCUGCCGCAAACUUACCAAGGUUGGCCGUUGCUCUUCAUUCUGCCAUGGAUAAAGAGGAUGUCAAGGCGACCAUUGUGCAGAACAAGGCUUGCAGCGCCGUUCGAGCUUAUAUUUUUGGCCUUCAAGCUACAUUGAAUAACUUAAGCAGAAUCGUAGGCUACGCCUUGCCUGAGAUUACCAAGAAUGCCGAUUACAAAACUCUUAACUUGUUUACCCUUUCCUUGGCCGAAACAGGCAAAAUGUUCAAGGAUUGCUAA